UUCAGUCAAUGACACCACCAUGGGAUGCUCAUGGCUGUUGAUUUUGGGUCUUCUCUUACAUGUUGCUCAUUCUUUGGAAAUUCUGGGUUCGAGUGAAGAGCCUUUUGAGAGCAUCACAGCAGUCCUGGGAAAGGACAUGUAUCUGAGCUGUAUCUAUCUGGGUGACGAUCCUGUUGACAGCAGCGAGUGGAAACAACAGAUCAGUUCAAAAAAAAAAAAGCGACUGGCAGGAUUUAUCAAUGGGAAACCAUUUCAAAGAGAUAACUUUUCACCCCCAGUUUCUCUCACCAACCUCACAAUUCAGAUUAGGGUGACCGGUGUGGAAGUAGAAGGACAAUACACCUGUGAGUUUGAAUCACUUGAAGAUACUUACACUGGCACUGUAAUCGUCACUGUAGUAGUUCAACCAGAAAUCAACAUCACUCUGAAUGCAGAGACCAUAAAUGGGACUCACUAUCAGUCUGUGUUAUGCUCUGCCAUCAAUGGCAGGCCUGAGCCCCAGAUCAGCUGGUUGGUGAAUGGGUAUCCUCCUUCAGAUUUCCCCUUCAUCGAGGUUGUGAAUAACACCCUUCCUUCAAAUGACACCUUCACCGUCAGCAGCGUCCUCCGCUUUCCCACCCACUUGCAGGAGGAGGACAACGUGACCUGUGUGGUUGAACACCGGACCCUCCCACAGCCCGCGGUCACCACAGUUAGGGUGGAAACCUACACAAGGCCAAAUGUGACUAUUAAAGCAGAGAUGGUACAGCAAGAAGACGGAAAUGAUUUCUGGGUGGUCUCUUGCAUUUCAUCUGGAGGGAGACCUGACACUGACAUCUCUUUGGCUUUGAACACGGCUGAAGAGCUGGCGAGAGAGAACGACACAGACUCAGACAUACAAAGAGUCUCAGUCCGCCUCCCCGUAACAGAAUACGGGGGUCACAACAUCACUUGUGUGUUUGACCAUCCUAAAUUUACACAAAAGGAGUCACAAGCCCUAACACUGCCAGUUUUCUAUUUGGCUCCAGGUCAGUUGUACUCAGACUUGGAAGGGAACAGCAAUGACGUGGAGCUGCAGGAAGAGGAGACUGAAGCUGUUAUCAGACUCGAGGUCGAAGGGAAUGUGCCACGCUACAAUGUUAUCUGCAAAAAAGAUGAUGGCCCCUUGCCUGAGAGUGUGAAGCUGGUGGACAAGAGCCUUAGACUCCAGGGCCCUGUGGAUCUUCAACACGCUGGUCUUUACAAAUGCACCUUCUCUUAUCAGCACCUUAGAGCAGUGCUGCGGUUCAAUGUCACUGUUAAACCUAUACAACAAGUUCCUCCUACAAUACGAGUUGAUUUGCGGACUGAAGAUGGACGCAGAGUGAUUGAGUGCUCAGCAGAUGAUGCUGUUCCUGCAGCCAACAUGUCCUGGCUUCUACCAGAGGGUGUGUCUGAAGACUUUUGGUUCAACUCCACUUCUCAUAAUGGAAGCCACUCUGUCAGGGGGUUUGUACUCCUCCCUCCCUGCUUGCCUUGGGAGCUCACUGCAGAGUGUGUGAUAAAUCACCAAGCAUUUGAAAAACCAGAGAACAGAAGCAUAACACUCCCUCUUUGUGCUCACCCUAACAUCACCGUCAACACCAGCACUGAGUGGAGACAAGGUCUGAAGUACACAAAGGUGCAAUGCUCUGUGGACAGCGCCCCUCCGGCAGCAGUUAUAACCUGGCACGUAAGGAACACCAACAACAGCAUCGAUAGCCUGGUGGAGACCAAACAGCAGGCUGAUGGUCUGGUAUUCGCUCGCAGCUCUGUGCACUUCCUGUCCUCUCUCUAUGCCGGUCAGAAUUUGACUUGCAUAGUAAAGCAUCCGAGCCUGGAGGCAGAAGAGGAAAGAAUAAUAAACAUCCCUGUGCACAAAGCCCCCCUGCUGAGCGCAUCUGUGGUGAGACAACAAGACUCUCAUCUCUGGCUGGCAGUGUGCGAGUGCACAGGGGAGUGUUUCGAGACAAACCUUGCAUGGGACCUUCCCGAAAAAAACGAAAGGCAAACCUCUGUGCACUCAGAAUAUGAAAGAAACUCAAUGAAUCUCAGGGCGACUUAUGAAUUUCCGCUGAACCGUCAUGAGGGGCAAAACCUGACUUGUGUGUACCAUUUUGAACCAGGGGUCACACAGAGAAGGACUGUUCAUAUGCCCAGAUACUAUAUCUCUUCUCUGAGAGUCCUGAACUUCACGACUCCUCUGCAAAGCCGCUACAGCGAUCAACCUGUUGUAUACAGACUGUCCCUCGACAAGAAUCGUCACAACCAGAAAAUACUGCUCGAAAUUGAAGGCAACGUGCCAGAGUACGAGCUCAGCUGUAAGAGGAGUGAUGGCUCAUUUGUGCAAACGGAGGGAUCUGCGAUGAUCUUCCAGUCAGAGCUUGCAGAGCUGAACAAAGGCCUGUACACCUGCUGGGCAUCCUUCUGUCACCACACUGCUACAGUCAGCUUUCAGGUGGAAGUCACAACUAGGCUUGAACAGCUCGCUCUCACAUCCAUGAUUUGCAUCUCUUCAGCAUUAGCCCUCGUUCUUAUCUCUGUCAUCAUCCUCUGUGUGUGCUGUCAAAGAAACAGCAGGAAAGAGCACAAGGAGGAGUAUCUCUCAGCCUUGACAUCCCUCAUGCAGGACCCCGGCUCCCCUGAGGUGAAAAAGCCAGCAGUAACAGAAAAAGACAGCAAAGAGGGCACUCCUAUGGUUAAUUACUCCAUAGUCAUUGAUGUCAAGAGUACAGUGUGAAGACAACAAUGCUUUGCGGGGCUUUUUAAACCACAUCCAGUUGUGCACAAACUAGGUGUGGCAUCUUAGUGGAACUGUAGCACUCUUUUUUUCCAAGUGUUUUGUUUUUCUGUAGCAUUGAAGUAAAAAACUGUGUAUGUAUAUAUCCUGAAUAAUGUGAGAUUUUGAGCAGAUUAGCAUUGAUGACUUUACUGUUUAAACUAAAGACUGUAUAAAGGAUGUACGUAGUCACCCCUUGAUACUAGACUCCACAUUCUGAAGCCUCUGUGCUUUUUGAGCCAUGACCUCACAUAUUUGUACUAGAGGGUGGAGUGCUAACAAACUAUUCAUAUUCAUAAAUUGUAAUAUAUCUGGUAAUUAGCAGUAAGUCACAGACUAAUAAAAUACUCAUUAGGCCAUAAUACUAGGCUCCUGCAGGAGACACAAACCCCUAUGGGAAAAUUAAAGCACCUGCCUUAGAGAACAAGGGGGCAGCUAAUAGUAUCUUUUUAUCAGGCCAUAAUUCUAGACAGCACAAAAAGUCCAGUUCUGUGACAGAACAGGUUACAACUAUGUCUGCAGACCCACACAACGUAAUAAGAUGGAUGACUUAUUUAAAAUAAUUAAAUACCAAAUUAAAUACAAAAUGCAUCCACCCUUGAGUUGUUAUGAAAGGGGAAAGCAUCCAUAGAAAUCAAAACUGUUUUUCUUUUUCACCAUCCUGUAAAUAUUUCAACAUGAGUCACUCACUUUUGAAGCACUUAGGAACUGCAGUUUGGGGCACCUGCUGGCUUUUUUAUUCAAAUGCAUAAAAUUUGCACUUUUAGAAAAAAACUAAAUCU